GAAUUCGACACACGUACCAUUAGCCACGUUGGCCAAACCACACAAUAUAGCUGUACAGAAAUGGGAUUUGAUCACAACCCUGACCUGCGAACACCAAGGCUCCCAGUUAAAAGAGAAUAGUUUGAGUGAGACGGAAAUGAGCCAAGCAACAAACCUAGGGGAGUACGUGAUGAAGGUUAUUCUAGUGGGCGACUCGGGUGUCGGCAAGACCUCGCUACUGCUGCGGUAUGCGGACGACACGUUCAGCCAGGGCUACAUUACAACGAUAGGAGUCGACUUCAGAAUCCGGACGUUAGAGGCGAAGGGCGUGCAGGUCAAGAUGCACCUGUGGGACACGGCGGGCCAGGACAGGUUCCGGAACAUCGUGUCCAGCUUCUACCGGGGCGCCAACGGCUUGGCGUUUGUCUUCGACCUGACGGACAUGGAGAGCUUCCAGAACGUGAGCCGGUGGGUGCAGGAGGCGCAGCAGUACGGCGGGGGGUGCUGCGCCAAGCUGCUGGUGGGCAACAAGGCGGACCUCCAGCACGUCGUCAGCCGAGAGGCGGCACUCUCGCUGGCUACGGCCAUCGGCGCCCAGUACAUUGAGGCCAGCGCCAAGGACGCGACCAACGUGCAGCAGGUGUUCACCAACAUGGCGGACAUGUGGGUGGAGCAGCUGCAAGAAGAGAGAAUCACAGCCCACCCACAGAGACCACCCGUCAGUAUUUCAUCUCACAGGGUGCAUGGCUAUGGCUGUUUAGGCUCGGAUUCCUGCUCUACAUUGUAAAUUUCGUGGACUAGUUCUAUCUUAUGGCUUUAUUUUAUUUAAACAAUGUACAUAGUGCGAAGCAUACAUUUAUAAUGCUUUAAAAAAGUGUUCAAGAUAUAUUAUGAUGCAUGUUUCUUUAAGUAAAUUGUACAGAUAGAUUUGUGUAAUUUUAUGUAAAUAUGUACAAUGUAC